AUGAUAGUAUUGGCUUUAAUUACGAAAAUCAACGGCCAAUACGGGGAACCAUUUAUCGGAGCCGUCGGACAGUUUACCAUAGAUUGCAAACAGACAAACAUUGAUGUUAUUUCGUCGCCAAACCAUAGAGACUAUGAAAUUCUGGCCGAUUAUGGGUUUCAAUACAUGUGUGACUUUACUGUUGACACCCGAGAGUGUGAACACAAUCCUCAGAGUUCCGGAUGCGAUGGCAUUGAAAUCGUGUGGAGCGUUAUGAGAAUUAGUGAAAACACAUCGAUGACUGUCAGAGACGGCUAUAAUAUUUACCACAAUGUGUUUGAGAUCAAAAACGCCGGACGUAUACAUAAUGGUCGGUACACUUGGAAAUUCAAUCUCAAGUUUGAGAUGAAGAAUGUGUUUCAGGGAUUUUUUGACAUCAAAGUUGUCGAUUUAAUAAAAACUCACGAAUCGUGUGAAUACGAAGACGUUUGUGAGACUAACAUAUGUCGAGACAAUCAUUGUUAUGAUCCCAACGAAAAGACAUCAAACUUCCCGUGGCUUCUCGUGGGUCUCGUGUCGGGAGUUGUCGUCUUAUAUUGUUAA